AUGCCUUUCCGCUGCUCGGUCCGUGUCGGCCUGUGGCGAGCGUGUGGUGCUGGCGCGCUGGCCGCGCUCUGGCGCCUGGCUUCGCCCACUUUUCCAGGGGUUGCUCGAGCUUUGGUGGUUCGGCGCUCCAGCUGCAAGAGCUAUGCGGCAUUGGGGCCAGGGGGGCCCUUGGUGCCCCACCAGCUCCAACGUAGGCCAGUGGGGGAGAGGGACGUGGCAAUCCGCAUCAAGUACGCGGGGAUUUGCCACUCGGACAUUCACCAGGUGCGGCAGGAGUGGGCUGAGGCCAUGUUCCCCAUGGUGCCAGGCCAUGAGGUGGGCGGUGUGGUCCAGGCGGUGGGGGCGGCGGUGACCAAGUUUCGGGUGGGGGACCGUGUGGGGGUGGGCAACCUGCUGGACAGCUGCCGCCAGUGCCGCCAGUGCCUGGCCGGACAGGAGAACUACUGCCGCACUGGGCCUGUGUACGCGUAUAACGACAGGUUCAAGUACCCGCACUGCGCGGAGUUCGGAGACGAGGCCGGAGGGGGCCGGACCUAUGGCGGGUACUCCCAGGCAGUGGUGGUGGAUGAGGCCUUUGUGUGCCGCGUGCCGGAGGCCUUGGACCUGGCAGGCGCCACGCCGCUGCUGUGCGCGGGCAUCACCGUGUACUCGCCCCUGAAGUUCUACGGCCUGCGGAAGAAGCAGCGGCUGGGUGUGGCGGGGCUGGGGGGCUUGGGCGCCAUGGCGGUGCUCAUCGGCAAGGCAAUGGGCGCUGACGUGACGGUGCUGUCACGCUCGGAGGCCAAGCGCCAUGAGGCGUUGCAGGAGCUGAAGGCGGACAGCUUUGCAAUCUUCCCCGAAGCGAAAGAAGCCGGGCCCGUGGGCGUGGGGGAUUUCGACAUGAUUGUGGACACCAUCGCGGGUGAUCAUGAGCUGCAGCCCUACAUCAGAGCCCUGGCGCCGGAUGGCAAGCUGGUGGUGCUGGGCAUCCCCCCGAAGCUUUUGAGCUUCCAUGCCUUCGAGCUUAUCGCGGGCCGCAAGAGCCUGGCUGGAUCCAUCUCUGGGGGCAUCAAGGAGACGCAGGAGAUGCUGGAGUUCUGCGCCCAGCACCGCAUCACCUGCCCUCACGAGCUCAUUGGCGCCAGCCAGAUCAAUGAGGCCUUUGACCGUGUGGUGAGGUCCGACGUAAAGUACCGCUUUGUCAUCGACACCGGCACCAUGUGA